UGUGUGUCCCAGAUGCCCAUGGACGAAUUUUGGAUCUCUCUUCUCACCACAUUCCUUCUUCUCCACCAAACCACGAGUGCCACCAACACUGAGGAGGUGUUCGGGACCGUGGGCGGGUCCGUGACCUUCCGCAUCCAGGACACGUCAGGUGGAAAUGUAGCAGCCUGGAAUUUUGAGGAUAUACACAUAGUGACGGCAUCAUUUGAGGAUCCUCCUCAAGCCUUAUUUUCAAAACAAACAUUCAAAAAGCGUUUUGCUGUCUCCGAGAAGGGUCGUGCGCUCAGCAUCUCCCAUCUGACACUGCAGGAUGCCGGGACCUACUCUGUAACCUUUGACGGGAAAAAAAGAUUCACUUUCAUCCUCCACGUGUAUAGGGAGCUGGCAGAGCCCACGGUGACCUGCGAGGGCCAGAACUGCUCCUCAGAUGGGAGCUGCCGCUUCUCCCUGCGCUGCUCCGUGUCUGGCACCGACCUCGGGAACGUUUCCUACACCUGGAGAAUGGGAGAUCGGCUGUGGAACGAGGGUCCUGUGCUGCUGUGGGUGGAUAAACCUGACCUGGAGGGACUGGGGCCACCGACGUGCGCGGCACAGAACCCUGUGAGCAGCAGGAGCGUCACCGUCAGCAGCCCUGACCUGCUCUGCACUGGUUCCUUCUCCAGCAGCGGGAUCACAAUUGGGUUCAUAACCGCGAUUGGAAUCAAGGCACUUUUAUUGGUUCUCCUGCCGUUCCUCCAUAAAUCCAAAGGUGAGCAUGGAAAACCAUCCCUGGAGCCCUGUUGGUGUUUCCAUCACUGCCUCUGGUAGCCACUGUCCGUUGGGCAGGCGUGUUCAGGUGGACACUGAUCCCGAUCUCUGGGUCGCAAUUACCGCGAAAUUUUG